AUGACGAGACGGCGACACGCGGCGGCGGCGGAGGAGGCGGAGCGGCGGCGGUUCCCGGCGGAGGUCGAGGCCGCGGAGACGGAUGAAUUCAGAGGCGGGUCGGUUCUUGGAAGAGACGAGAUUCUGAGAGGCGAUUCACUUCCUGGUGUCAGAAUAGCGGCUGCUGUUCAAAUCGACGGGGCCCCUAAUUAUAGACAGGCUGGUUCCUUGCGAGUUCAUGGUGUUGCUAUACCUACCAUCGACGGGAUCAGGAAUGUACUCAAUCACAUUGGAGCACAUAAGAAUGGCAUGCACAAAAGAGUGCUAUGGCACAACCUUCGUGAAGAGCCGGUGGUGUACAUCAAUGGGCGCCCUUUUGUUUUGCGGGAUGUCGAACGACCCUUCUCGAAUCUUGAAUACACGGGAAUCAACAGGGCCAGAGUUGAACAGAUGGAAUCUCGCCUAAAGGAGGACAUACUCUUGGAAGCUGCACGAUAUGGAAAUAAGAUCCUCGUAACUGAUGAACUGCCAGAUGGUCAGAUGGUGGAUCAGUGGGAACCUGUGAUGCAUGACUCGAUAAAAACAACUCUUGAGGUUUAUGAAGAGCUGCAGGUCGAAGGAUACCUUGUUGACUAUGAGAGAGUUCCUAUUACAGAUGAAAAAUCACCUAAAGAAAGUGAUUUUGACAAUUUGGUCCGUAGAAUAGCCCAAGUGGAUAAGGAUACAGAAAUAAUUUUUAACUGUCAGAUGGGACGAGGAAGAACUACUACCGGAAUGGUGAUAGCUACACUGGUUUAUCUCAACCGUAUUGGAGCAUCAGGUAUCCCAAGGACAAAUUCGGUUGGAAAAGUUUUUGGUGCUGGAACAGAUGUCACUAAUAAUAUGCCAAAUUCUGAGGAGGCAAUACGAAGAGGUGAAUAUGCUGUCAUAAGAAGUCUAAUUCGUGUUCUCGAGGGUGGAGUAGAAGGCAAAAGGCAAGUGGAUAAAGUGAUUGAUCAAUGUGACUCUAUGCAGAACCUGAGAGAAGCCAUUGCAGCUUACCGCAGUAGUAUUCUUCGCCAAGCUGAUGAGAUGAAGAGAGAGGCAUCACUUUCCUUCUUUGUUGAGUAUUUGGAACGUUACUAUUUCCUUAUCUGCUUUGCUGUCUACAUCCACACCGAGAGAGCUGCCCUUCAAGUAUUGUCAGAUCAGAUUAGUUUCUCUGACUGGAUGAGAGCAAGACCUGAACUUUAUAGCAUACUUCGCAGGUUGCUGAGGAGAGAUCCAAUGGGCGCGCUCGGUUAUUCAAGCUUAAAACCAUCUUUGAGAAAAAUUGCUGAAUCUGCUGAUGGCCGUCCUUGUGAGAUGAGCGUGGUUGCUGCAAUAAGAAAUGGUGAAGUUCUUGGAAGUAAGACCGUUUUGAAAAGUGAUCACUGCCCUGGUUGCCAGAACCUUAGUUUGCCUGAGAGGGUGGAGGGGGCACCUAACUUUAGAGAAGUUCCUGGAUUUCCUGUUUAUGGGGUUGCUAACCCUACUGUUGAUGGUAUUCGUGCUGUUAUUGAUAGGAUAAGCAGUAGCAAGGGUAGCCAUCCAAUUUUAUGGCACAACAUGAGGGAAGAGCCAGUUAUUUAUAUCAACGGAAAACCUUUUGUGCUACGUGAGGUGGAGAGGCCCUACAAAAACAUGCUGGAGUACACGUCAUUUUUUCACUUUGGAAUGGAAGCUCGGCUGAAAGAGGACAUUUUACGGGAAGCUUCACGAUAUAAUGGUGCUAUAAUGGUUAUUCAUGAAACAGAUGAUGGUCAAAUACAUGAUGCUUGGGAACACAUAAAUUCUGAAGCUGUUCAAACUCCUUUGGAGGUCUACAAAUGUUUGGAAAAUGAAGGUCUUCCAAUUAAAUAUGCACGUGUCCCAAUCACUGAUGGAAAAGCACCUCAAAGCUCAGAUUUCGAUGCAAUAGCACUAAAUAUUACCUCUUCUUCUAAGGACACACUUUAUGUAUUCAAUUGCCAGAUGGGUAGAGGAAGAACAACCACAGGCACCGUGAUUGCUUGCCUUCUGAAACUUCGAAUUGAUUAUGGGAGGCCUAUUAGAAUGCAGCUAAAUGAUGGUUACCAUGAAGUGUCAGAUAAUUGCUCCUCCAGCGGUGAAGAGGCUUUAUGUGAUAAUGAUUCUUCAGUUUCAAAUUCGAAAAACUCUGGAAAGGAUGAGGAUGCACAGCGCGCUUUUGGAAUUAAUGACAUCCUAUUAUUGCGAAAAAUUACGAGGUUAUUUGAUAAUGGUGUCGAAUGCAGGGAGGUCCUAGAUGCUAUUAUUGAUAGAUGUUCAGCUUUACAGAACAUACGUGAAGCAGUUCUGCACUAUAGGAAGGUCUUUAAUCAACAGCAUAUGGAGCCAAGAGUUAGAAGAGUUGCACUAAACCGUGGCGCUGAGUACUUGGAGCGCUACGUCAGAUUAAUUGCUUUUGCAGCAUACCUGGGAAGUGAAGCAUUUGAUGGUUUCUGUGGGCAAGGUGAAACUAAGACUACAUUUAAAACUUGGUUGCACAGGAGGCCAGAGGUCCAGACGAUGAAAUGGAGUAUAAGGCUGCGUCCUGGGCGAUUCUUCACUGUCCCUGAAGAAUCCAAAAUCCCGUAUGAAUCUCAGCAUGGGGAUAUAGUGAUGGGGGCGAUUGUAAAGGCUCGUUGUGGCUCUGUUUUAGGGAAGGGAUCAAUCCUUAAGAUGUAUUUUUUUCCGGGACAGAAAACCUCGAGCUGCAUACCAUUUCAGGGUGCACCUCAUAUUUAUAAGGUGGACGCAUAUCCUGUAUAUAGCAUGGCAACUCCAACAAUUAAUGGCGCCAAAGAAGUGCUAGCCUAUUUAGGUGCUAAUGGAACAAAAGACAGGACUCAUACAAAGAAAGUCAUAAUAACUGAUUUAAGAGAGGAAGUUGUCGUUUACAUCCAUGGCACACCAUAUGUCCUUAGGGAACUAGAUCAGCCUGUUGAUACGCUCAAGCAUGUUGGAAUCAGUGGCCUUAUGGUGGAACACAUGGAACUAAGGCUGAAGGAAGAUAUAUAUGCUGAAAUAAGGCAAUCAGGAGGUCGACUGCUUUUGCAUCGGGAAGAAUUUAAUCCAUCAACAAAUCGGUCCAGUAUAAUUGGUUAUUGGGAAAACAUAUCUCUGGAUGAUGUCAAGACUCCCGCUGAAGUCUAUGCAGCCUUAAAAGAUGAAGGCUUUAAUAUAGAGUAUAAAAGGAUACCGACUAUACACUAGGAAAAGAGAAGCAUUAGCUCAGAUAUUGAUGCAAUACAAUACUGUAAAGAUGAAUCUGCUAGUUACUACAUUUUUGUUUCGCAUACCGGAGCUGGAGGAGUUGCUUAUGCAAUGGCUAUCACUUGCCUUGGGCUUAAUGCUGAUUCAAGGUUUACAUUAGAAGAAACAGUCCAACAACAUCUAACGACAACUCUUAGCGAAAAUCUACCUUAUCAGCCUUCCAGUGAAGAAACACUUAAACAGGGUGAUUAUCGGGACAUUCUAAGCCUUACAAGAGUAUUGAUCUGUGGCCCCAAAAGCAAAAAAGAAGUUGACAUUAUCAUAGAGAGGUGUGCUGGUGCUGGGCAUUUAAGAGAUGACAUUCUCAGCUAUAAGAAGAGAUUGGAGAAGUCCUGUAAUGAUGAUGAUGAGACUCGUACAUAUCUCAUGGAUAUGGGCAUUAAAGCUUUAAGACGAUACUUUUUCCUUAUCACCUUCCGUUCCUACCUCCACUGUUCAUCUCCAGGCGAAAUGGCAUUUGCAUCAUGGAUGGGCGGAAGACCUGAACUUGGCCACCUCUGUGACAACUUGAGAUUCGAUAAAUAAAGUCAUUGUGGAUUUUGUACACAAUAUUCCAGGGAUGCCAAGAAGAAAAGAAUAAUAGAGAAAUAUAAAGAAAGAAAAAGAUAAGGCAGCUGUAUAGUCGGGAGCCUCGUUGUAAAGAAAAUUUACCUUAGGAAAUAGCUGCGAGGAUCCCCCUCUAUGUGUAUAGUGUUCAUAUAACGCUAAUAUGUGACCAUCAUAUUAAUGUUUUCAGCUACAUCCAUCUUGUGUUACUUGAAUGUGAUAGAAUAAAACCUUGUCAAAAGAAAUGUUUGAAA